UGUUUAUUUUGGUUCUUAAUUGAUAUGGCGCACGAAUGCGAUUAUUAAAUUACAAAUUACAAGGAUUUAAAAGUAUUCCACGUUAUUCAUUUCGCUUUACAUAAAUAUGCUGCGAUUGGCGAAUACCUGAUUGUUUUUGAACAUACUCUUAACACGUGUGGUUGACAGCCGUUGUUAGAAAUUGUUGAAGAUUGUUUUCGGUUGAGACAUUUUCAUGUAACAUUUUAUUAUUUGUAAAUAUAAAACUAAUAAAUAGUUAAGUUCAUAAGUAGAGACAAAUUAUUGAACGAAUAUUAUAAAAAUGGCAAUGCUUGCUGAGCCCCGACAAAGAAAGCGCUACAAUUUAACGCCGCGAGGGAAGGCGCUGUAUGAAGAUGAUUCGCGUUUUGGCACGAAAAUGUUGGAGAAAAUGGGCUGGUCUAAAGGAAAAGGUCUGGGUCCAAAUGAGAGUGGGAAUAAGGAUUUUGUACGUGUUCGUAUGCGCAACACCCUCGAAGGCUUGGGCUUUGAAGAUCGCGAUGACCACUGGACGCAGCACGAACAAGAUUUUAGCGGUCUACUGAAAUCUUUAAAUGGCGACAAUGACGUAAGUGAGAAAGCUGGUGGAGAUAAGGAAAGUGCUUCAGACGAGGAAGCUCCUAGAGUAGGAUUUGGUUUCACGCCUGAACCAAAAAAGCCUAAAGUUGAAAAAUUGAAAGAUAAAAUUAGUGGAGUGUCGUUGGAAGAGAAGUCGAAAUUGAGUAAAGCGCGUGUGCAUUAUCGUAAAUUUACGAAAGGAAAAGAUAUUGCCCAAUACAGUGAAAAGGACUUGGCGAAUAUAUUUGGAAAGAAAGUAGUUGAAGCAGUGCAUGCUGAUGGCAGCUCCACAGAGCUUACAGCUAUAACGACCAAAGGAAAAACCUAUGAAAAAGAAGAAUCAGAUUCGGCGGAGGAAAAGGAAGUGAAGCCAAAUUUCGGAGGAGUGCAGACUAUUAGCACCGGAUUGUCGGUGAGUGAAUACUUUAAGCGCAAAAUGGAGGCAAUGAAAAGUAAACAAAUAAAAACGGAUGAGAAAAAUAAUGAGCAAAAAGACGUGGAAAUUUUGGAAGAGCUCCCUAAGCAAGAUUCUGUAGAAAUUAAGACGAAAGAAAAGAAACGAAAACGAGAUGAGAAAGCGCUGGAGUCUGAGAAUAAAUCAACUGGAGCGGAGUAUGGUAACGAAACUGAUGGAGCAGUAAAAUUAGAGCUCAAAAAAGAAAAAAAAGUUAAAAAUAAAUUAAUUUCUGGAACCACCGAUUUGGAAAGUAACGCACCUGUGGGUGAUGCGAUUGUUCAAGCGUCCGAUAUUGAAUAUAAAAAAGAUAAAAAGAAGAAACGUAAGCAAAUCGAAUCAGUAGAUUUGGCAGUAGCAGAACCAAAAGUAGAUUCUGAGUUGCCUAAAAAGAAAAGAUCUAAAAAAUCCGAAGAGGAGCAGCAAAUCAAUACCGAGGACGUAGUAAUUGUAGAUAAGGAGGCUCCGAAGAAAAGUAAAUCCAAGAAAAGUAAAGAUGCGCAACCGCAAGUGAAUUCUGAUGCGAUUGCUGCAGACAGUGCGGGUGAAAUUUUAACAACUGAGACGCUUGAAAAGAAAAAGAAACAUAAAAGCGCAAAAGACGUUGAAACCCCUUUGUUGCUCGAAAAACCUAUAGAUGAAAUAGUGCUUAAGAAAAGUAAAAAGUCCAAAAAUACACAAAAGCUGUCAGCAGACACUAAAACCGAUGCAAAUUUACCAGAAAGAGCAGAUAGUCCUGAGAACGUUUCACAGCAAACGACUGAAAGCUCUAUUACAAUAUCACGUAAAAAGUCAAAGAAGCAGAAGAAAGGUGAGAAAAACGAUCAAUUAAACGUGGCUGAUGGUGGUUUGAAAAACCAUGGAGCACCGGACGGCCAGAAACAAUCCAUAGAAGAUGUAAGUGCAGAGAUAUCCUUGCAAUCAAUGACUCUUGAUGAGUUGAUAGCCAAAUGUAAUUCACUGAAUGUCUACACUAUUUCUUCAUUUUGCGCAGAAAAAUUCCGUAACGUCGCCCUAGAUGAAUUCAAAGGAUCAACAAUAGCGCAGCUUCCUGGUUAUUCCUAUACUGACAAAGAUCUGCAACUAAACAUAAUUAGUUUGCCCAGUGAUGAGAAGAGAAUCGUACAACUUUGGAACUGUAGCAUAAAUAAAUACCAGGAAGCUAAUUCACGAGCAAUUUUUGGCAAAUACAAAAAAAACGUAGUAAGCGUACUAUACAAGGGCAAAAAUAAAAAUGGCCAAAAACAGGAGAGAAAAAGAAUACCUCGAUUUUACACGAAGUCGCUAAAAAGAAAAAGUGUAUUCCAGUCAAUAUAAAAUAAUAAUAAUAAAAACACUCUUUUUUGGUUACCGCAAAUCCGUGUUUAUACUUUUCUUAGUUAAGUUGUAGUUCGCCAAUUAUGGUGGUAGCCAAAUGCUAUUAACUUAUCAUAGCUAUGGGAAAAUUAGUAUGUAAAUUUUGGCAGCAACACUUACUUAUUGCUGCUACAACAACUAACUUAUUGAAAUCCCCACGAUAAACGGUUCUACGUGUCCAUGGUGCCUAGUGCAAAACGCAAUUGCUUGCCUAAGUACACAGUUUGGGAAUCUGUCCAUGUCCAUGAAUCUACGGGGCUUACCUGAGCAACAUAAGUCACUUUUUCUCAGAAAAUUUGCGUACUUAUAUAGACGGCCUUAAACGACAUUCGUCGAAAGUCCAUUAUCACUUUCACGAAAUCUCGACCCCUGAUGGCUAUUAUCACAGUUAAACCAACACACGUGGCGGACGAAAAAUCUCAGCUGCCGCAGAGAGGCAUCCCGCUUGACUCUAACCAUCUCUUCACUUGCCAGCUUAAACAUAUUCAUCUCACACCUCUCUCUCUCUCUUUGAUUCCUCGCUGUCGAAACUGGACAUUUUAUGGGCCUGCGGUGUGAUGAUAUUGACUCAGCUGAAAUUUGUAAGCUGCCACAACAAUAAAC